AUGUCUUUGAAAAGCAUCCUUCGUGAUUUGAAGGAAGUUAGGGAUGGACUUGGAGGUAUCUCGAAGCGAAGCUGGUCAAAAUCGUCUCACAUUGCACCCGAUCAAACGGCGCCACAGCUGGAAAACGUCCCGCAGAGCCCGUGGGCUUCUUUGCCACCUGAAUUGCUUCAUGACAUAAUCCGGAGAGUUGAAGAGAGUGAGACCGCUUGGCCUGCUCGAGCAGCCGUGGUCGCUUGUGCUUCUGUUUGUAAAUCAUGGAGAGGAAUUACAAUGGAGAUUGUGAGAAUCCCUGAGCAUUGUGGGAAGCUCACUUUUCCAAUCUCAUUGAAACAGGCAGGGCCACGAGACUCGCCUAUUCAAUGCUUUAUUAAGAGGAAUAGAGCAACGGCUACAUAUAUUCUCUACUAUGGCUUGAUGCCUUCGGAGACGGAGAACGACAAACUGUUGUUAGCAGCAAGAAGGAUUCGGAGAGCGACAUGCACGGAUUUUAUAAUCUCACUGUCUGCUAGAAACUUCUCACGGAGUAGCAGCACAUAUGUUGGCAAACUAAGAUCUGGUUUUCUGGGAACCAAGUUCACAAUAUAUGACAACCAAACAGCAUCAUCCAUAGCACAAGCCCAACCUAACCGAAGAAUUCACUCCAAGCAAGCAUCGCUUAAGUUACCUGCUAAUAGUUACACCGCAGGAAACAUAACCUACGAGCUCAAUGUUCUUCGCACAAGGGGACCUAGAAGAAUGCAUUGCGUUAUGGACUCUAUACCACUAUCUUCUGUUAUUGCUGAACCAUCAGUAGUUCAAGGCAUUAAAGAGAAAGUAUCUUCGUCGCCUUCACCAAAAGGAGAAACCAGCUCAACAGACAAAGAGAUUGCUGAUAUUUCUCCAAGCUUGUUGGAUCAACCACUGGUUCUCAAAAACAAAUCCCCACGAUGGCACGAGCAAUUGCAAUGCUGGUGCCUCAACUUCAAGGGGAGAGUGACAGUUGCUUCAGUUAAAAAUUUCCAGCUUGUGGCAGACAUUGACUCUUCUUUGGAUGCGUCGCCUGAAGAACAUGACAGGGUGAUCUUACAGUUUGGAAAAAUCGGCAAGGACAUUUUCACCAUGGAUUAUCGCUAUCCUCUCUCUGCUUUUCAAGCCUUUGCUAUAUGCAUCAGCAGCUUUGACACUAAACCGGCGUGUGAAGGGUAA